CGGGGCGUCCGCGUGACGGUCCGAUGCCGCGCGCUGUGUGCUGCACGCUGACACGGCAUGGCACGCUCUCGAGGGGACGUUAGUGGCGUGCGGAACCUCGGCGGCCGGCAUUAGCUCGCUCCGGAGCAAAGCGAGAUCGCGGGAAGCGCGCCGCCGCAGAGCGACACGGCGAGAAACACUUCAGAGCUCGGGCGGCGGCGGUGGUGUGGCGUGCGUGACUGGAGACGAGCUUCGGCCGCGUCCGUGCUGGCGGCGGCGCCGGGCUGUGUCGGCGCUCUGGCCCAAGGCUGCCGGUGCGCCCGGGCCGGCCUGCAGGGGCCCGACGCUCUGUUUACGCGCUCUGAGCGCACUACUCGCCGCGGCGGCCGGGUCCAGCGACGCACGCGCCCGGCGGGUCACGGACAAUCGUCGGCCGCGGCGCGGCGAACAGCGGCGACGUUAAACUGUGACCUGAUGACUCCUGGUGAGGUGCUGGCCGGCAACGGGCGCCGGUCGGCGGCGCUGGCGCCGGCGUACAAGCCGUCAGCGCUGACGACGGUUCUGAUGCUGCUUGCUGUCGUCCGAGGUGUCAGCGCCCAGCUGCCGAUCCGGGCCGACUCGGACACGGGCCCGCCGGGCCGGCUGUGUCCGCCGUCCUGCCAGCACGCGAUGCGCCGUGACGUGUGCGGCUCGGACGGCGUCACGUACGCCUCCCAGUGCCACCUGGGCCUGGCCAGCUGUCGUGACACCGACGUCCAGUUCCGACACUGGGGCCAGUGCGUGGCCAACCCAGCGGGCAGCGUUUGUCUGCAGAAGAGAGCGGAGGCGCUAAAGGGCCAGCCCAGCGGGCCCCUGCCCCAGAACAUUUAUGUGCCGCAGUGCACGGAAGACGGCCUGUACGCGGAGAUCCAGUGUCACCCCGGCUCAGGCCACUGUUGGUGCGUUGACGACCACGGCAUCGCGGUGUUCGGCACCGCUGUCCUCAACGCGCGGCCCGAGUGUUCGGCGAGGAAGGUGCGCACCUCGACCGACGCAAAAAGUUCCUCAAGGAGAAGAGGCAGGGGCAAACGGAGGCGAAGCUGCGGCAGCCGAGCAAAGACGAUAUUCAGGGACAAUGCGAUGCGCAUGAUAAAGCAGGAGUAUGAGAGGCGCCAGCGGCGUAGAGCAGACCGGCGGCCGGCCGCGACCGACAAUCUGGAGACGCAGGCGGCUGAAUGGCGGUUCUCCCAACUGGAUGGCGACAAAGACGGCGAGAUAUCGCGCAAGGAGAUCCGCCGGCUCAGAAGGAAGGCAAGGCGGCAGCUGAAGCCGACGGCGUGUGCACGCCGCUUCUACCGCUACUGCGACACAGACGGCAGCCGCAGUCUCAACCGGCAGGAGUGGCUGCUCUGUCUCGGCGUCAACCGAGACGAUAUCUCUUUCCGUGUGUUUCUCGCGCUGAACGAGGAACAGGAGGGGACGGCGGAGAGCGGCAGCGCCGGCCGGUCGCCAGAGACAGACGCUCAGCCGGAGCCGGCAUCUGCCCGGAGUAGAAUGUUCGACAUGCUUCUGGUCGAAGAGAGCAUCACUGAAAAGUCCGCUGAGGAGCAGGAGAACAACUGCGAGGCCGACCGGCGCCUGGCCCUCGACAACCAGCGGCUGGCGGAGCUGGAGGGCACGCGCGGAAACAGCUUCUUCAUCCCGUCUUGCACCCCUGACCACAAGUACAACCGUGUACAGUGCCAUAAUGCCACCGGGUACUGCUGGUGCGCUGACCCUGACACGGGACACUCGGUGCAGCGCACGGUCAAGGGCAGCGUGCCCGACUGCUCCCAGGUGCGGCCCAAUGCCAAGGGCCGCCGACGGAACCAGCAGGGCCGGGGCAGACUGCCCAGAGCGUGCCGCGGUGCCGACAGGCUGCAGAUCUUCCUGCGCCAGCUAAUGGACUACCUGACCAGCCGGCUGGUGAACGCGCUGCAGCAGCGCCAGUACACAUUGCCUCCUGAUAUCGAUGGAGAAGAAAAGUCAUUCGAAGAGAAAAUUGCCGAGUGGAAGUUCAGCGCGACUGAUAGCAACAAAAACAAUGUGCUGGACAGGCGGGAGUGGAAGGCGCUGCGGGAGGAGUUCUCGCGGGACCCCGACCUGAGGCGGUGUGGACGGCGGCUACCGCGCUAC